ACCUGUUGCUCAUGAGAGUUGAUGCGAGGAAGUUCGCUCACAUGUCAAUGUCAUUCAAAUUGUUCAGUGCUUGCCUUGAUCCUGUUUCAAUGUUUGAGAGGGAUCAACUCUAGAACCGCAAUGGCCCUCCAUCUGGCUAGCUCACAAAGUUAACUUUCGCUGCAGCACCAUGUCUCAUUGUUGCUGAUCUGCACUGCCUGCUGCCAUGGCUCACUGUUUGAUCAGCCACGGGGCUGCAUUGAUCCAAGGAUCAGCUCUUGGCAUUGCUGGCAACUCUCAUUGGACCCUGAAGACGGCAUUGUUUCCUGAUGUUUUGCCAAAGACAAGUCUUUCUCAAGACGCAGCAAGUCUGGGCAGCCACCAUGUCAGAUAUGCCAGUGAGCCCAGAAACGCGAGCACCUUUUGUAGCAGAGUUCUAGUGGGUCAAGUGCAAGGAGGCAGGAACUAUGCAUGCAAGCCUUCUGAGGCUCUUAGAGUUUGCCAUCGCACCGCUUCAGUUGCCCGCCGAUGCAAGCACACUAGAUCAGCCGAACAGCGGUGUUCAAGGGAUUCAUUACAUCAGGAUCAUGAUGAAUCCCCUACUGUGUUGAAGUGCAUUGCUCACUGGGGCGUUGCAAUUGCGCUCAGCUUGUCAAUCGCAUUGGGCAAUCCGGAUGAAGCAAUGGCUGCCCCACCAAUGAAAGGACCUGAUAGUAGAGAAUUGCUUGAACGGGGUGUCAUUAAGGGCCCUGAGGCAUCCCAGCUUGUCAUUGACGUCUCGGAGGCAGCGCCCAAGGCGUGCGAAGAACCGUACGGCCUCUUUCCCUGCUCCACAAAGGCCGUCCCCAACUUGUUCCUGGUGGCCGUCUACGGCUACCUGCUCUUCGUGGCGGCCAAUUUCAUAUCUGAUGGGAGCGAACUGCUCUUGGAAGUCUUGAAUCCUGGCAUCAUUGGAGGUCUCGUCCUGCCUAUCCUGGGCGCCUUUCCCGACGCACUGCUCGUCCUCGUUUCCGGCCUGGGAGGAAGUCCUGCAGAAGCUCAAGAACAGGUGAUGGUCGGUAUGGGCGUCCUUGCGGGCAGCACGAUCAUGAUCCUGACAGUUGCCUGGGCCGGCUCGCUGUACGUGGGGCGGUGCGAUCUGGACGGCCCAGGGAACACUGCCAAGGACCGCACGCUGACCCGGACGUCUGAUCUGACCGGCACGGGAGUCACCACCGACGAGCAAACUAGGUUUGGCGCGUGGAUCAUGAUGGCAUCCACCAUUCCGUUCGCGGUCGUCCAGAUUCCGCUCCUGGACGGACAGCCGGCCCAGGGCCCGGAAGCGUCCGCGAUCGGAGCCGUCAUCUCGUUCACGGGUCUCGCAGCUUACUGCGCAUACCAGGUGGCCUCCCCGUGGCUCCAACAAAAGCGGAUAGACCAAGCCCGGCUGACUUUCCUCCAAACCCGGGCCCUACAAGGCGUGUCCAACCGGGCUUCGAAGCUCUUUGGCGGCGGCCGUGGGGGGCUCUUCCGGGGUGACGGCGUGACACCAAACCAACAGGCACUAGAGAAAGUGUUUGCCUACUUUGACGGAAACAAAAACGGGCUGCUCGAGCGGAAGGAGCUAGAGGGCCUGAUGCUGGGCCUGGGGAUUGAAUACGAGGGCGAUGUGCCCCCAGAAGAGGAAGUGCGGACCUGGAUGGAAGACUUUGACGUCAACCAGGACGGCAAGCUGUCCAAGCACGAGUUUCUGGAGGGGAUGGGCAGGUGGGCCAAGAAGCUAGCGUCACAGAAGGCCAGCCGAAGAUGGGCCACGUUUUCCUCCGCUGCCAGGCCAGCGCAAGAGCACGAAGAGUUUUGGGCCGCAAAAGCCUCUGAGGCCAAGGUGACGUGGGACCUGCUCCAAACUGAAAUGGGGGGUGGCGAAGACGAGGAGGAGGAGGGGGGGGGAGAGGAGAAGCUGACGCCGGGUCAGGUGUACCGCAAGGCCGCGGGGCUGAUGCUAGCGGGCGCAGCCAUAGCGGGCGUGUUUGCGGAUCCACUUGUCGACUCAAUUGGGAGCUUCUCGGCAGCGUCAAACAUACCGCCAUUCUUCGUCGCCUUUGUGGUGACGCCAUUCGCCUCCACCGCCAGCGAGCUGGUAUCGUCGCUCACGUUCGCCAAGAAGAAACGGAAGCGGAACAUCUCCUUGACGUACAGUCAGGUAUACGGCGCAAUCACGAUGAACAACACGGUGUGCCUGGGCAUCUUCUUGGCGCUCGUCCACUUCCGCGCGCUGACGUGGAACUUCUCCAGCGAAGUCACCGUCAUUCUGCUGACCACUUUCGCAGUGGGCGCUCUGGGCGGGUCCCGAACCACGUUUCCCCUCUGGACCGCCGCACCGGUCCUGGCGUUGUAUCCCCUGUCGUUAGGCGUAGUCGCCUUCUUGGACACUUACCUGGGGUGGACGUGAUGCACCGCAUGUUGACGAGCUCGAUGCGCACUUAUUUGCUGAAGAGUCGGAGAAUCAAAAAUGAACGGUUGACUGAAUGAGUAUUACAUGAGGCGCUAGACAUAAGUUAUAUCACCCAAUGAUGAGGAUUUUUGAAAAAAUUGCUUUCGUAUUGAAUCUUCGACAGGACAUGAACAGACUUAAUGUUAAGUCGUAAUCCGCUUGACUUGCAUAAUUCAAGCCGACGUCGACACGUACGUGGCCCGUGGGUUGACAGUUCUAGGCUUUUAUGACUGAUGAUAUCAUACAUGCUCUAUUAGCAACUGCAGCAAAUCAGUCACAUGAAACAGACAAGC